GGAGGGCAAAGCUCAAAAAGUUCUGACACCUGAUCCGUAAUGCUUAUUGUUUAUGUAUCUUGGUUCCGAUAAGAGUCUCUAUACAAUAAGAGUAGUGCCUUUCUCGGAUAUCAGGUCAAUCCGUAGACACACUCCUACUUUGGGUUGGCAGUAUGCUAUUAUAGUUUUGUCGUCAGGAAGUCCAAUGAUAUUAUAUGCUGAGAUAAUCCAUCAAAGAUCUUCAUUAUGCAUCACUGUAGCCUGUUUGUUCAAAAUGUUAUUUGUCAAAACACUGCACAUCUGGUUGGCCUUAGAUGAGAAACUCCUUCAUUACGGUUGGUCCACCUUCUUGGACUCUAAGGGCAGGGUCUUAGGUUCACAAGCACUAAGAAAGAGGAUCGUUUAUGGAGGAUUGGAGAAAGGUCUGAGGAAAGAGGUCUGGAGAUUUCUGUUGGGAUAUCAUUCGUAUGAUUCAACUUAUGCCGGGAGGAAAUAUCUCGUGUCUGUCAAGAAAGUCGAGUAUGAAACAAUAAAGAACCAAUGGAAGAUUUGUAGCAUAACUAAAGAGCAGGCUAAAAGAUUCACAAAAUUCCGAGAAAGGAAAGCUCUUAUCGAGAAAGAUGUGGUCAGGACUGAUAGGUCAAUUCCAUUCUAUGAUGGGGAUGAUAAUUCUAAUGUGAAGUGCUUGCGUGACAUUCUGCUCACUAACUCAUUCUACAACUUUGACCUGGGUUACUGUCAGUGGGGUAUGAGUGAUCUUCUUUCACCAAUACUGUAUGUAAUGGAAGAUGAAGCAGAAGCAUUUUGGUGCUUUGUGGCAUUGAUGGAGCGGCUUGGACCAAAUUUUAAAUGUGACCAGAAUGGAGUGCAUUCUCAGCUUUUUGCAUUGUCAAAGUUGGUGGAGAUAUUGGAUAAUCCUUUGCACAAUUACUUCAAACAGCAGGCCUGCUUGAAUUAUUUCUUCUGCUUUCGCUGGGUUCUUAUACAAUUCAAAAGGGAAUUUGACUUUGACACAAUGCGGUUGUGGGAGGUCUUAUGGACGCAUUAUUUGAGCGAGCAUCUUCAUCUGUAUGUCUGUGUUGCAAUUCUGAGACGACACCGCAGUAAAAUAAUAGAAGAGAUGGAUCUCGACACACUGCUAAAGUUUAUCAAUGAGCUAAGUGGUCAUAUUAACCUGGAUGCUAUCCUCAGGGAUGCUGAGCUGUGUAUAUGUGCCGGUGAAAAUGGUGAAGCUUGCAUCCCUCCUGGAACUCCACCUUCAUUACCCUUUGAGAUUACUUCAAUGUACAAUCAACAGGAUGAUGAUGAUGUACUGUAACCACAUUUGGAUUUUAAUUUCAUAAAUCGUGACCUUGGCAAUUACUGUGAUAUUCUUUUCAGUGUAUAUAUGGAUUCUGAUAAUCAGAAUUUAUUUUUGCUGGAA